UAGUAACCUAGCAAACUGAAGCAACAAAUCCACGCUGAUUGUGCCUUUGGAUAAAACCAAAUCCAGACGUAAUAAACCAGUUGUAAUAAACCAGUUGUUAUAUAUAUAUAUAUGGAUUAUGGGGUACCCUUAUAUGGUAACAAUAUAAAGUCUUACCUUAAACAGACACUCCGAAAGUGGAGAACUGACUUUAUGACAGCGAUGUGCUGACUGUAAGAAUCCCUCCCAAAGAGUCAAAACGGGAAUAUUUAUCCAAAUAUAUUGACCAAAUAUUCAAUUCUUGCACAAUGCCAUUUUCAGACACCAUCCGUAUCUUCUUUUUCUGUAUAAAUAUAUGAACUGCUCUUUGUCUCAUCAAUAAGCAAAGAUCUCUCUCUCUCCUUGUCUCUCCCUCCUUUUGAGAGAUCUAGAGGUUUAAACAAUGGCUGGUGGGUUUGUAGCGUUUAGUGGUGAUUCCCCGGCCUUUCAGGCGAAGAUGACUGUUUACGUCUUCAUCUGUGUCGUUAUCGCCGCUGUUGGUGGUUUGAUCUUUGGUUAUGAUAUUGGAAUCUCUGGUGGAGUAACGGCGAUGGACGAUUUCUUGAUGAAGUUUUUUCCAGCUGUGUACGAGAGGAAGAAGCAAGCGCACGAGGAUAACUACUGCAAGUACGACAACCAGUUCUUGCAGCUCUUCACCUCCUCUCUUUACCUCGCGGCACUCGUGGCCAGCUUCUUCGCCUCUGCCACAUGCUCUAAGCUCGGCAGGAAACCUACAAUGCAGUUAGCUUCUAUCUUCUUCUUGAUCGGCGUUGGCCUUGCCUCCGGAGCUGCUAACAUGUAUAUGUUGAUCAUGGGCAGAAUCUUGCUCGGCUUUGGCGUUGGCUUUGGUAAUCAGGCCGUACCGCUUUUCUUAUCAGAGAUAGCUCCAGCUAGGCUUCGUGGAGGUCUCAACAUUGUGUUCCAACUAAUGAUUACAAUAGGAAUCCUUAUCGCCAGCGUAGUCAACUACUUCACCUCUUCUAUUCACCCUUACGGAUGGCGACUGGCCCUCGGUGGGGCGGGGAUUCCUGCCCUCAUCCUCCUCUUCGGAUCACUUCUCAUCUGCGAAACACCGACGAGUCUCAUCGAGCGGAACAAGACCGAGGAAGGCAAGGCAACGCUCAAGAAGAUCAGAGGCGUCGAAGAUGUUGAUGAGGAGUAUCAAUCACUCGUCCAAGCUUGUGAGUUCGCGAGGCAAGUCAAGGACCCUUACAGGAGGCUGAUGAAGCCCGAGAGCCGACCGCCUCUUGUCAUCGGAUUGUUGCUCCAGCUGUUCCAACAGUUCACUGGAAUCAAUGCCAUCAUGUUUUAUGCCCCGGUUUUGUUUCAGACCGUAGGGUUUGGAAAUAAUGCAGCUUUGCUUUCGGCCGUUAUUACAGGAUCUGUCAAUGUUGUCAGCACUUUGGUAGGGAUUUUGUUAGUCGACAGAACCGGUCGGAGAUUUCUCUUGCUCCAGGCUGCAGUCCAAAUGCUCAGUUGCCAGUUGGUCAUUGGAAUCAUUCUAGCCAAGGACCUAGGCGUGAAGGGUACUUUAGGUAAGACAGAAGCCAUGAUAGUGGUCAUCUUGGUGUGCGUUUACGUGAUGGGUUUCGCUUGGUCAUGGGGACCAUUAGGAUGGCUGAUCCCUAGCGAGACCUUUCCCUUGGAGACACGAACCGAAGGGUACGCAUUGGCAGUGUCGUGCAACAUGUUCUUCACGUUCGUGAUCGCUCAGGCCUUCCUAUCAAUGCUUUGUGCGAUGAAGUCAGGGAUUUUCUUCUUCUUCAGUGCUUGGAUCGUUGUGAUGGGACUCUUUGCUUUGUUCUUCGUGCCAGAGACUAAAGGUGUCUCGAUUGAUGACAUUAAGGAUAGUGUUUGGAAACGGCAUUGGUACUGGAAGAGGUUUAUGCUUAGAGGAGCAUGAUGUGAAGAAAAGAACAGCUUAAGCUUUUUGAUCAAUCAAACUUUAUAUCUCUUUUACUUGUUUUUGCUUUUCAAAUGGAGAACAAUAUGUACACUGUACUAAGAAACAAAUUUGUUGAUUCUUGUUUUAUACUUGAUUGAUAUGCUUUUCAUGUUUGGUAUCUUUAAUGAAAACUCCAUGACUCUAAUUUUAUGCGUGUUAACUUGUUAGCC